CACAGGAAGAUGUUGCUAGGUAACCGUGAUCUGCGGGAACAGCUGCAGAAUAGCAAGAUGGUAUCUCUGCUGCCUCCUGUUGGGACAGAAGUCUUUCGGAAGUUUACCGCUGGCUCGCUGAAGGAGAUCCAACGACGUCGUGAAGUCAAAGAAAAGGAACGACAGAAAGGAAAAGAUGACAGCGUCCUGGUGAUAGAGGAGCAGCAGAAUCCAACAGCCGACUUGGAGAGCGGGAAGCCCCUCCCAUUCAUCUUUGGUGACCCAGCCCCUGAAUUAGUCAACACCCCACUGGAGGAUCUGGAUCCCUUCUACCAAUCAAAGAAGGUCUCGCAACUGGAUCCCGUUGAACAAAUUCCGCGCCUCU